GAACAUCUUAUGCUAUCCUGAAUGAUUUAUUUGUUGAGCUUGUUAUCAUUUACCCCGCUUUUGAAUGGAAGCUUUCGACACGACACACAAAGCACCACGAAAGCUGUGCCAUAGUUAUGUCUGCAACAAAGUUAAGUAGGUGGUUUCGUUAUUUCUUACCCAGUGGUAAUGAUGCCAAGUGUCAUACUUCCGAGCUCACUCGGGAGCUAUGGUCCGGAACGAUUGAAGCUUCUUCUCGAGGUACAGCUGCUAGCUCCUGCAAAUACUUAAAAGGACCUAAGGUUGGCAGGUUUAAUAUGCAAUUUACUUUUGCUUACUAUUCUCCCAUCUAGUCUUUGAUCUUGCAUGUAAUUGAGCUUCUACUUUUCCCAAUCCUCUACAUAUCAAUCCUAUUUUCUUCUAAGUGCCUCAAAUUUCUCUUUACGUCUCUGAAUCAAAACCCAGACUGCAUAAGUCAUGUCUACUCUACGAAAUGUCUCCCGCAUCUCAACUCGAUAUCUUCAUUCCAAUUUACGUCCCCUCACACGCAGCUUCUCUGUUCUUCCACGUCUAUCAGCUCCACCACCUCAAUCACACCAACCACCAGGCAACAAAGCUGCGACACCACAAAGCGAUCAAGCAUAUCUAGGUACCAUAAAACGUCUACCUGAAUUCAGUCUGCUCGAUAAAGUAGUAUGUGUUUCCGGAGCUGGAAGAGGAUUAGGAUUGGUACAAGCAGAGGCAUUAUUGGAGGCUGGUGCUAAAGGUGUGUAUUUUCAAUUAUUGACAUAGCUCGAAAAUGGGUGGAAAUGAAAUUUGGCAGCUAACACAUCACCACAGUUUACGCACUCGACCGUCUCGAAAAUCCCUCUCCCGAAUUCGAACGCAUCGCAGAGCGCGCACAGAAAGAACUAGGCACAUCACUUUCCUACCGCCGCAUCGACGUACGAGAUGUCGAGUCUUUAAAUUCUAUAAUUGAGGAAAUAGCACAGAAAGAAGGACGAAUGGAUGGUUUAAUAGCAGCAGCUGGAAUCCAACAAGAAACCCCAGCCCUGGAUUAUAAAGCCGAGGACGUGGAUCUCAUGAUGAGUGUAAAUGUAACCGGUGUAUUCAUGACAGCCCAAGCCGUUGCAAAACAAAUGAUAAAAUUCGGUAACGCGGGGAGUAUAGUACUUAUAGCCAGUAUGAGUGGCACAGUCGCUAAUCGAGUUUGUCCUUCCUUUCCCCCUCUUUCUUUAUAACAUUUAUUAACCUUAAUAAUCAACAGGGUCUCAUAUGUCCCGCGUACAACGCAUCCAAAGCGGCAGUUCUCCAACUCGGCCGCAAUUUAGCGAGUGAAUGGGGCGAAUAUAAUAUUCGCGUCAAUACUAUUUCGCCGGGUUAUAUCGUCACGGCUAUGGUUGAGGAUCUGUUUGUGAAAUUCCCGGAGAGGAGAACGGAAUGGCCUAAACAGAAUAUGUUGGGGAGAUUGAGUAAACCCGAGGAAUAUAGAGGGGCGGCGGUGUUUUUGAUUAGUGAUGCUAGUAGUUUUAUGACUGGUAAGUUUGGGCUUUUUCCUCUCUCUUAAUUUGAUAUUGGUACUGGUACUGGUACUGGUGAUGACGAACUUGGAGCUGAUGAUGUAUUUUACAGGUGGUGAUUUGAGAAUCGAUGGAGGUCAUUCUAGUUGGUAGAGGUUCGGUUCUUCUUGGAUUCGGCAAGUCAGUGAUGUAUAAGGACGAUCAGCGGAGUUUAAAUAAGUGUUACUUUUAUUUUGGAUAUUUCAAAUAUCGUAUACGCAUACAUACAUAACAUAGGUUCUAAAUCCUAGAGAUUAGAAGCCCAGGAAUUGAAAAUGAGAUGCAC